AUUAUGAUGAAAAUAAAAUACUUAAAAUAUAUGGAAUAUCUCAAAAUCCAGAUACAAAGGAAUACAUUAUAGUUCUUGAUUAUGCAAAAGGUGGAAAUUUUAAUUAUUGGAUGAACAAAAAUUAUAACAAUUUUGAAUGGGCAAAAAAAUUGACUAUACUUUAUAAUAUUAGUAAUGGUCUUAAUGAUAUUCAUCAAAAGAAGAUGGUCCACCGUGAUUUUCAUACAGGAAAUAUAUUGUUAAAUAUUGCUGAUGUAACUGAUAGUAUUAAUGAUAGUGUUAUACAUAUUUCAGAUAUGGGAUUAUGUGGAGAUGUUAGUAAUAUCAAUCAAAGUAAUAUUUAUGGAGUUAUACCUUAUGUAGCUCCUGAAGUGUUAAAAGGGGAACUUUAUACUCAAGCAGCGGAUGUAUAUAGUUUUGGUAUGAUUAUGUAUUUUGUAGCAACUGGAAAACAACCUUUUGCUGAUUGUGCACAUGACGAGUUUUUAGUAUUAAAUAUUUGUAAUGGAAAUAGACCUGAUAUUAAUAUGCCAGAAGCACCAAAAUGCUAUAUUGAUUUGAUGAAGCAUUGUUGGAAUUCUAAUCCAGAUAAUAGACCAAAAGCAACUGAAAUUUUUGAAUCAAUUAAAUUAUUUUCCGGCUGCUAUAAUGAAUAUGAUAUAGAUUUUAAAGAUUAUAUAGGAAUUGAAAAGGAACAACAACAUUAUGAAAUGGAAAAACAAUUUAAAGAAGCAGAAGAAUACAGAAAAUUACAUCUCACAUCAUUUGAUCGAUUAGUUACUCAUCCACAAGCUAUUUAUGCAUCACGAUUACUUAAUCCAUUUACAAAUAAUAUCCCAAAAUAUGAUAAUAUUGACAAUAACACAGUAGAAAUUAUUGAUUUUACAAAAUUAUAAAUCAAAGAUGAUACGAAGGAACGAAUAAAUUUAUUUUUGGCAUGAUAAGUUAGCUAGAUUGAAAAUAACCUAUAGUAUUAUAUUAUUUAUUCUUAUUUUAUAUAUUUGUUCAACACUUGAUUAUAGAGUACAUGUAAAAUUUAUUUUUACAGAAAUAAAAUCAGUUUGUAAUUGAGCAAAUAGCUU